CAUAAUCCUUUUUAACCAAAUUCGAACAUUCCAAAGAAUUUUCGUUACCUUGUCUUGCAGUUUUCUCAUGGAGCCCAGCAAUUCCUGUUGGGUUUUCAGACUCUUCAUCAUAUUACUCACAUUCUUUCUCAGUUCUUCUUCUCCUUCUUCGUCAUGGCCGUUGCACCCUUCACAUAUAAACUCCAUGGCCAUGCACAGAAACCACACAUCAAUGUCAGAUUUUCGGCUCUUAAAUAGAAGAACAUUGAUGGAGUGCUCCAACGUCACAGACCCUUCUAUCAAAAUCAAAGUUAGUCGGAAAUCCAACCUUGUAGACGAAGAAUAUCUCAAGGUUACCGUUAGCCGAGUUUUGCAUCCUUCAAAGGGUGACUGGGUCGCCAUGAUUUCACCUUCUCAUUCUAAUGUAGAAAGUUGUCCACCCAAUGGGAUUCUUUAUUUAGAAACUGGCGAUUUUGCCAAUAUUCCUCCUUUACUCUGCCAUUAUCCCGUCAAGGCAAUGUACAUGAGUAAAGAUCCAGACUAUCUGAGUUGCAAGAAUAAGCAUCGCAAGAAAUAUAGGAGGGGUAAAGGUAUAGUGACGAGCUGCAGAGGAACGUUAACAUUUCAUGUCAUUAACAUCAGAACUGACAUCGAAUUCGUCUUCUUUGGCGGCGGAUUUGAAACGCCUUGCGUUUUGGCAAGAUCACCUCCCAUCAAUUUUGCCAAUCCAAUUAAGCCUUUAUAUGGACAUAUCUCAAGUGUAGAUUCAACUGGAACCUCGAUGAGAUUAACAUGGGUUAGUGGAGCUAAGGAACCUCAACAAGUACAAUAUGGAGAUGGAAAAACACUGACAUCACAAGUUACUACAUUUACACAAGAUAAUAUGUGUAAUUCAAGUAGUUUUCAAAGUCCAGCAAAGGAUUUUGGGUGGCAUGACCCAGGAUACAUUCAUUCUGCAGUAAUGACAGGACUUGAACCUUCAAGCAAAUUCUCCUACAGAUAUGGAAGUGACUUAGCUGGUUGGAGUGAACAAAUCCAAUUUCGAACUCCACCUGCAGGAGGAUCAGAUGAGCUCAAGUUCAUAGCAUAUGGGGAUAUGGGAAAGGCUCCUCGUGAUGCUUCUGCCGAGCACUUUAUUCAGCCGGGGUCUCUCUCAGUGAUUGAUGCCAUCGCAGAUGAAAUAGAUUCUAACAAGGUAGACUCAAUCUUCCACAUUGGAGAUAUAAGCUAUGCCACUGGCUUUUUAGUUGAAUGGGAUUUUUUCCUUCAACAAAUAAGCCCUGUAGCAUCACGAGUUUCUUAUAUGACUGCAAUUGGAAACCAUGAGAGAGAUUACGAAGAUUCGGGGUCAGUAUAUACAUUAACUGAUUCAGGAGGAGAAUGUGGAAUUCCUUAUGAAACAUACUUUCCCAUGCCAACCUCAGGAAAUGAUAAGCCCUGGUAUUCCAUAGAACAAGGAGGUGUUCACUUCACAGUGAUUUCAAUUGAGCAUAAUUGGACACAAAAAUAUGAGCAGUAUGAGUGGAUGAAAAAUGACAUGGCUUCCAUCAAUCGAUCAAAAACUCCUUGGUUAGUUUUCACUGGGCAUAGACCCAUGUAUUCUUCUGCAAUAGGAUUACUUAAUGUGGACGACAGAUUUGUUGAGGAAGUAGAACCAUUACUCUUGGAAAGCAAAGUUGAUCUGGUUCUCUUUGGCCAUGUUCAUAAUUAUGAGAGAUCCUGCUCAGUUUACAAAAAAGAGUGCAAGGCCUUUCCUAUAAAAGAUGUAAAUGGGAUAGAUGUAUAUGAUCACAGCAAUUAUAGUGCCCCAGUGCAUGUAAUUAUUGGUAUGGCUGGCUUUUCCUUGGACAAGUUCCCAGAUCAUGUGGAAAGCUGGAGUCUAUCAAGGAUUUCCCAGUUUGGUUAUCUCAGAGGGCAUGCAACAAAGAAAGAGUUCAACUUAGAGUUGGUAAAUUCAGGUACAAAGAAAGUUAAGGACAGCUUCCGCAUCAUUAAAUCUCAAGCUUCCUCAUGAAAGAUUGUUGGAGAAGAGAGAGAGAGAAAGCACCUCCCCCCUUCUGCAAAGUAUCACUGAAAGAUCUAUUUUGUUCAAUAAGUAAUCAAUUUUGAUG